AUGACAGUAGUCGGUCACCUACGAGCGUUGCUGUUUAAAAACUGGCUUUUAUGGAGGCGAGAACUUUUCGGGUCAAUGUGUGAAAUUUUGUUCCCAGUUCUUCUUAUUGUGUUCAUGGUUCUCUUAAGAUUAGCUUUACCAUCAGAGCACAAAAGUGCUAAAUCAUAUCUAGAAAAAGACUUGCAAAUUGUCGGCCCUAUAAACUCAUACAACAAAGGGCUGUAUAACGAGACGUAUAACCUUGGUUACACCCCUUUUAAGUGGUGCGAACAAGUUAUCAAGUAUGGCUGGACCUGGGCAAUUGUGGAUGAAACAGGUGAUCUCAAUUCCCAAGCACUCAAAACGUACUUAACUGAAAAUGUUUGGCUCAAGAUGGAAAAUCAUACAGAUCGCCAAAUCACACCAAUGAUUUUCUCUACAAUGGAUAAAUUAGAAGACUACAUAACAGAUUCAGACUACGAUGAUAAAGGUCAUACAAAAAUUUGUUUUGCUGUCGGAAUAAAGAUGGAAUUAAAUAUGGCGUCUCAACUUGGGCCUGGCCUUCCGGCCAGGCAGUCUCGAGCCCUAUUUUAAUUAUAUCCGGCAAGGUUUGGCCAUAUAAGAGAUUGACAGCAAUGCGAGGUAAGCAAUUUCAGCAGUAUGCGGAGUCUAGCCCAAGUUUGUUCUCAGGUAUGGAUUUUACCUCAUGGGGAAGGAGGGCACAGUAGCUGGAAAGUGGAAGCCCAGAAAAGUCAUUAGGACCAAUCGGGCAACUUCAUAGCGUGAAACUGAGAGCUACGACACGGGCUCUGUGCUUUUCCUUUUUUUCCGGGAGUAGGCCAGAUCCAUUUUUGAAUUUUCCAGCAGGCAACCCAUAUCGCACGCUCAUGGCCGUCUUAGUCGGCAACACUGCGCGGAGGCACACCCUGGUGCAACAAAGCAGAUCAGCCCAGUGGUCUGUGGGCCCGGUGUGACGAAACCGCAGCGGGAAGAUCUGGAUUUGGGCAACCCGUAAAAGACGUUAAACUUAUAAAUCUUAACGUAAUGUCGGAAUAAAGAUGAAGUAUCCUAACUCAACAAUAUGGAUUCGAUACAACUAUACCGAUACAGAUCCAGAUAAUCAAAGUGUCUAUGGCGAUUCUUGGGAUAUUUUUCUAACAAGCUAUUUUACAGCGGUCAAUAAAUACCAAAAGAGUGUAAUAACAACCUAUCAGCAUGACUUUGCAAAUAGUGGGUUCUUAGACCUCCAGAAUAUGGUCUAUAACUUCUAUUUAAGUCAGAAAGAGCCUGAAGCUUACUUACAGUUUGGAUUUGUUCCUAUGCAUGGAAUGAAAUAUAUCGAAGAUAGCUUUAUGAGUGGGUUUGCUGGGACAUUGGGAUUUUUUAUGUUCAUUACGUCACUUGUGCCUGUUUCAAGACUCAUUAAUAAGAUGACAACAGAAAAAGAAACAAAGGUCAAAGAAGCUAUGAAAAUGAUGGGACUUACUGAUACCCCUUACUUCCUUUCUUGGAUCAUCAUGCUCGGUUAGGCUAUUAAAAAUAGGUGUUAGCCAUAUUGGUGACGCAAUCACCAAAGACCUCCCAUACGAGGUUCUAACGUUUUUCGACUCCAGCCUAGAGGUUCUAUCGCCCCAAAAUGGAUGCUACUUCUGGUACCUUCUGUCCUUCUUGCCUUUUCAAUCUUGAGUGGGUGGCUUAUGGAUUUUCGUGGCACUGCUACGGACAAUUGGAGUAGCUUGAUUCCAUGGAUCAGUCAAUGGGAGUCUGUCGAAUGUCGAAGUGCCUUCCUUUGACAGCUACAGGAAAAAAACUGCUCCCUGUGGCCUGGGCGAACCCCCCAAUUUCUCGGUAGAAGGAUGUCCAUGAGUCCUCGGUUCCAAAAGACAUUGUCGGGCACCUCCAUUUCCAACCACAAGAAAGCAGCCACUGAGGCUGCACUUGAUUCUUGACUCAGAGUCCCAGUUCGCCGUGGGCAUAAGAUCUGGACUGUUGCGCCAAAAGGGCAGGACCAUUUUAAUGUAUAUUCUUGAAUCAUUAUGUACAUCAUAAUUUUCGGAAUCAUCAGCAUCCUUUCAACUUUUAUUGGCUGAGAGUUAUUCAAUUACUCCAAUAAAUUCUUAGUCUUUCUGAUGUUUUUCUUGUACGGCUUAUCAUGUAUAGGGUUUUGCUUUUUGAUUUCUUCCUUUUUUUCUAAAGCCAAAACAGCUAUUUUAGUCGGAGUUUUGAUGUUUUUCAUUACCUAUUUCACUCUUUUUGCAGUCACCAGUACUACCCCUCGAGGAACAAAAGUUGGUUUAUCGAUUUUCAAUACAGUAGCGAUGGCAACAGGAUUUUCUACUUUGAUUAAUCUCCAACCAUAAUAAUAAAAUGGCUCAGUGCGGAAUUAGUUCUCUCCGAGAACUAUUCCUUCCUUCCUUCGCUUUUAUUAUUAUAGGAUUCAGUUUUCCACGUGGACUUUUAUCCGCAGCACCAAUAUGGAAUACAGCACAGGGUAUUUAAUUGGUCCAGGAUAUUAUGGACAUUUGUUUUUGCUGCUUGGCACACCCGAGGAGGGUGACCCUUAGGCAGAGCACGCGCAGUAGUCAAGUUCGGGCGAGGCAAUGCUGCCGGUGCGGAACUUCUGGCCUAGCUGGAGGCGAAGCCUUAUAGAAGGUUGAUCGGGCUGGCCGGUCCAAGAUGGCUUGGUGACGUCACCAGAUUAGGGGUUAAAAGGAUGGGCUUAUGCAUGCCUAAAUCAUCCUGCUGAAGAAGUCAUACACCUUAAGUAAAUAAGUAAGUAAGAUUAAUCUCCAAGCCAAUCAAGUUGAAGUUGAUUUCUCAUCAGCUGGGGAUGUUUAUGAAAAUUAUACAGUUGCUACUGCACUGAUUAUGCUUACUAUCGAUACUAUUGUGUAUUUCCUUCUUGCUUUUUAUUUUGAUAAAGUAAUUCCCUCAGAAUAUGGAGUCGCCUUGAAGUGGUACUUUCCUUUUACCAAGUCGUUUUGGAUGGGACAUCAGACAAAUGACUCAGAAUUUAGUGAGCAAGAACUAGCUGGAAUCAAGGAGGAAGAAGAAAAAAGAAGAAGAGAGCUAAAAAAUAAUGAUAAAAUCGAAGAAGCAGAAAAUGUGCUUCUGAAACAAAUUGAAACAGGGCAAGCUAUGGUUGUCAGAGGACUAAGGAAACACUUUGGGGGAAAAGUUGCUGUGGAUGGCUUAGAUUUGGAUAUGUUUAAAGGACAGAUUAAGAUUAAAAUUAACUAAGCCGUUCGCAAUAGCAGGGCCGGGGAUUUGCACCACUUCACGCUCAUCGCCUAUGGUGAGACCUCGGCGGACACCCUUUCUUGUUGCCGCAAACAAAGGAUUCGCACACAUGAGUAUUGACUUCCAUGGCUCCUGGAGUCUGAGAGCCAAUCACAUGGGUCGAAACUCCCAGUUUCUCGUUAGGCAAAUACCGUCUUCAGGGUCUGUGGGUCAUAUUGCCACACAGAAAAUGGCCGACCUUGCGCUUUCCAAUGAUUGUCCUGGAGGAAAAACCCCAAGUCCAGAGGAUUAGCUCCCUGAGGCCCGGAGAAACCCUAGCCCGGCAUGCAUAAAUGGUAUGUCGUCACCAUUUUUAUGUAUUAAAGGACAGAUAUUUGCUUUACUUGGACAUAAUGGAGCAGGCAAAACUACAACGUUAUCGAUGUUGACUGGACUUUUAAAGCCAACUUCUGGAACUAUGACAGUCAAUGGGUUUAAUUUCAAUACAGAGAUGGGCGAAAUCAGAAAAAACCUUGGUGUUUGUCCUCAGCAUGACGUCCUAUUCAAAAACCUGACAGUUUAUGAGCAUCUUUUAAUGUUCAGCAGAUUUAAAGGAAUGACUGAUAAAGAAGAAAUCAAGAGAGCCAUUGACGAAAAACUAACAGAAGUCGAGCUUCAAGACAAAAAAAAUACGAAGGCAGGAAAUCUGUCAGGAGGUCAAAAAAGGAAGCUUUCUUUAUCCAUCGCUUUAAUUGGAGGCUCAAAGAUAGUGAUGCUUGAUGAGCCCACUUCUGGGAUGGAUUUGACUGCAAGAAGAAGGAUGUGGGAUAUGUUGAGAAAUGAUAAGAAAGACAGGAUCAUUAUUUUGACAACCCAUUAUAUGGAAGAAGCUGAUAUUCUUGCAGAUAGAAUUGCAAUCAUGGCUGAAGGAAAAGUACACUGCUUACUCCCCCCUCGUGAAUGAACAAAGCCAUUAGAAAAAUCCCUUUGUUUUGCCUAAGAACCCACUCUCCGUAAGGGAACAAAAAUUUUUUAUGAAAAAAAAAUUGAUAUAUAAGAGAUAAUUAGUAUAAUUAAAUCUCAAGCUAAUUCCGUUUAAUUUAAAACAAAUUGCGUUUUAAAACAUAAAUUUUAUAAAUUAAAUUAAUGUUUGCUUCCCAUAUUUUUGCAAAUUAGGAUAUUUUUAAAAUUUCGAAAAAAAAAUAUUUUCUAUAAAAUAUAUAUAAUUUUUUUUUAAAAAAAAAAUUAAUUUUGUUCACUCACGGAGGGCUGGGAGUUAGGAAGUCCUUUGUUUUUAAAGAAAAGGUUCGGAGUUGGCUAUAACCUUACUAUUAAUAGAAGAAUCGAAGCAAGUGGAAAAGAAUACUCUAAUCAGGUCACCGACCUUAUUAAAAAAUAUGUCCCAGACGCUGAAAUUCUGACUGAAGUUUCAGCAGAAACAUCAUACCAGCUUCCUCUUGCUGCAUCAAUUAUCUUUAAUCAGCUAUUCCAAGAAAUUGAUAGAAGAACAGCAGACCUGAAAAUUGAAAACUAUGGGAUAUCUGUAACUACCCUUGAAGAAGUCUUUAUAAGAGUUGCCAGAGGCGACGAUGAAAGUGUUUUAGAAAAAAGAAAAAGCAUUAAAAGAGACGAAAGCAGUGUUGAGCACACUUUUGACGGUUCACAAUUUGAAACUGAUCUUGCAGAUGCUCGAAAAUUUAAUAUCGCUGAAGAUCGUCUUAAAGGGAUUCUCUUCUUUUCUCAUUUCCUUGCGUUAAUUCAAAAGCGUGUAGUAUAUUCAUGGAGAGACUUGAAAGGGUUUGUUUUAGAAAUAUUUUUGCCUCUGCUUCUGGUUAUUGGAGGUCUUGCGCUCCUUACCAAAGUUAGUGUAUUUGAAGAUCAAAAAUCUUGGAAAUUGACUGUAGAUAAAUAUAGCACUCCUCAGGAGGUUUUAUGGAACUAUGAUGUAUCUGAUCCAGUUAUAUCAUCUAAUGCAAAAGAAAUUAUUUCUCAUAACAUGAAUCGCCAAUAUCCGACAUCAAAAUUAACAAAUGAGGAUUUAUCUUCUUCAACUAUUAGUAGCUUUGAUCAAGACAUAUAUGAUGAAAGAGAUCAUCAUCCUUAUAGAAUGGGGUCUUAUUACUUCUACCAAACUGAUAAUAUUACUAACUUCUCCCCAAAAAUAAUUAUUAAAUACUCUUAACUCUCUUUAAAAGUUUAUAAAAAAUAUAUAUUUUUUAUUUUAUACAUAAAUUUUUUUUUUAACCUCCAUCCUUGAUAGAACGAUGGCGAGCCGUUCAAUCAAGGAUGGGUUUAAUUUUCCCAAAUUUUUAGGAUUUUUUACAGUCAAUCGGUCGCUCAAGGAUGGGGGGGGAGUAAACAGUUCGCAGUAGCCAUUUUCCAUAACACGACUGCAAUCCAAGCUGCUCCUACAUACGCAAAUAUGCUAGGGCAAGCAGUAGCUCAAUACGCUCUUGGACAGGAUUUAAAAAUUUCAAUGUACAACUGGCCUUUACCUUUGACUAAAAAACAAGAGAAUUUAGCCAGAAAUGCAGGAACCUUUUAUGUUUCGAUGAUUUUUGCUAUUGGAAUGGCAUUUAUUCCGACAGGGCUUGUAACUUUUAUAGUGAAAGAAAGAGAAAAUAAUGUAAAGCACCAGCAUCUGGUAAGUGGGGUCUCCAUUCCUGCCUACUGACUCUCAUCUUAUACAUGGGAUUUGCUGAAAUUUAUGAUACCUGGAAUUUUAUCUGUUUUAAUGAUUCAAGCCUUUGAUCUUAAAAGCUUGACUGAAAAUAACGAAAUUUACACAGCGACCUGAAUACUAUUUAUGCUAUUCGGGGUGGCGAUUUGCCCACAUACGUAUGCUUCAAGCUUUUUAUUCAAGAAUUACUCAAUAGCCCAGUUUUAUAUUUUCAUUUAUAACUUGAUCAUGGGAGCUGUCGCAGCUACCGUUGUGUGGACUUUGAGGCUGAUUUCUGACGAUACAAGAAAUAUCUCACUUCUGAUUUCCAUGGCAGCAGGGUCUCAAGAAGGCGAAGGAGUCCGAGCUGAACAACUGCCCAGCAAAUCUUUUUCCCAGUCGAACAAGGUGGAACCGGGACGGUGCAAAACUGGUGAACCCUCACGGGUCGUGGUAACUGCGUUAACAAUAUGGCAGCAGCCUACUAGUAAUAACGAUAACGACAAUACAAGAAAUGUCGCUGAUGGGCUCCAGUACAUUUUUAGACUAGCGUCUCCAAUGUUUUGCUUUUCUUUUGGAAUUAUGAAUGUCUCUAAUAGAGAAGCUUAUGCAUCAGCCUAUGGAGAAAAAGUUCAAGCACCAUUGGCUUGGGAUAUCGCAGGCGCUGAUGUCUUUUUCCUUGGCUUCCAUACAGUAAUUGGAAUUAUUUUGAUAUUUUUAAUUGAGUGGCUUGGAAAUGUUCAGUGGAUCAGAAAUAUUGGGUCAGCAAGAGAUCCAGGCGAAAGCGAAUACAGGCCUGACGAUGAUGUGGAAAACGCUAAAGAGGUGGCUGCCAAAACUGAUCCAAAAGAAGUCGCAGUGAAGGUUUCUGGAGUCAGAAAAGUGUACGGAACGAUGUUUGGUAAGUCUCAAGUAAAGGUUGCAAUUGAAGAGAUUUCAUUUAUUGUCCCAUUCCAAGAAGCUUUUGCAUUACUGGGUGUUAAUGGAGCAGGGAAGACUUCGACAUUUAGAAUUUUAACUGGAGAGUAUGGCCCAACAAAAGGCGAAGCUUAUAUAAAUGGCUGCAACGUUAUAACUCAUUUAUCAGAAGCAAGAUACAAUAUUGGCUAUUGCCCUCAGUUUGAUGCUUUAACUGAAUUGCUUACUCCUACUGAGCACUUGAGGCUUUAUGCUAAGAUUAAAGGGAUUCCUAACUCCCCCCCUCCGUGAGAACAAAAAACCAUUGAAAAAUCCCUAUUUUUUGCCCAAAAAAACCCCCCUCAGUGAGUGAACAAAAAUUUUUUCAAUAGAAUUGUUUUUUAUGGGAACAAAAUUUGAUAUAUAAGUGAUAACUAUUAUCAUGAAAUCUCGAGCUAAAUCUUUUUAAUUUUAAAUAAAUUGCGUUUUUAAAACAUAAACUUUUUAAAUUAAAUUAAUAUUUGCUUUCCAAUUUUUGCAAACUAAGAUUUUUUUUAAAAUCUCAAAAACCCCUCCAUGAGUAAAAAAAAUUUUUUUGUUCACUUACGGAGGGGGAGUAAGCACUUAGUGCCUAAAUUUGUAGAAAAGCAAUUAAAAGAUAUGGGCUUGGAAAAAUAUGCCACUGUCAGAGCUGGAAAAUUAAGUGGUGGUAAUAAAAGAAAACUUUCAGUAGCAAUUGCUUGCAUUGGAAAUCCUCCAGUUGUUUUCUUAGAUGAGCCAAGUGCAGGAAUGGACCCUGAAGCUCGCAAAAACAUGUGGAAAGUUAUCAAUAGCAUCAAAUCUCAAAAGGUUAGUAUAAUUCUGACUACUCACUCUAUGGAUGAAGCUGAAGCUCUCUGCAAUACUAUUGGGAUCAUGGUCGCUGGAAGGCUACGCUGCCAUGGCACUGCAACUCAUAUCAAGAAUAAAUUCGGCUCAGGUUAUGAGUUUUUCUUGAAAGCCAAGUAUCCAAAUGAAGAUGAAAUAGCCCGCGAUGUUCGGAGGGUUCAAAAUAUACUCCCAGGCGAUGUUGUAGACGAUGUUAACGUACUGAGAGCUCUGACUGAGCUAAACUGUGCACAGCUUUAUGAUGAGGUUUCCAAGCAAGGCUCAGGGUCUCAUAUAAGAGAAGAAUUAAAUGAAAAGCAGUGCGUUGACUUAAAGACUUUAGUUGAGUGGGUCAUAUUAGAAAUAUAUGGAGCAACUAUUUAUAAUUGGCUUAAAGAGCAGUUUCAUGAAGUCAGCUUAAUUGAGCAUUAUGGAACUUCGUUUAAAUUUAGAGUGGAGAAAGGAGACAAUAAGAGCAUUGGUGAGAUCUUUGGACUUAUAGAGCAUAUGAAAGAUAAUUUGAAUAUCAGCGAAUAUUCUUUAAGCCAAACAACGCUUGAGCAGAUAUUCAACAUGUUCGCUACAGAAACAGUUGUAUCGAAUGCUCGGUUAAGUAGAAGAGUACAACCAGCAUAA